AUGACUCCCUCUUUGGCAAGCGUGGCGGCGGCGGUCGCUGUGAUCCUGGCAGUGGCCUCCGAGGCGCGCCCCAGGACCAUCGUGGAUUACAACGUGGGGUCCCAUUCGCGCAGGGAGUCCGGCCUUCCCGGGGUCGCCGUCGAGGGAGAGUACAGAUGGCGAACACCGAACGGCCAAGAAAACGUAGUACGUUACACCGCUGACAAGAAUGGCUACGUCGCGCGUGGCAACGUCGUGCCGGGACACUACGAGCCCCUCGGGAACCCAAGGCUCGUGCACAGCUCUUACCAGACUCCUCUCGAGGCCUCUGCUGAAGCUCCUGCCCAAGACCCUAGUGAGGCUGCCGAGGCCGACAACGAUCGCGUAUUGAUGACAACAGUAGAAGACGCUGAAGACAGCCCUGUUGAAGAAGGAACUGAUGAUGCCAUCGACGAGAAAAUAAAUGAAAUCCUUGUUGAAAAAGCAGCAGAGGACGUCCCAGCUGAAGAGGUAGCUGAAGAUACUUCCGGUGGUGACGCAGCUGAAGAUGUCUCUGAUAAAGAGAUAGCUGAUGAUGCUCCUGCCGAAGAGGUAGCUGCAGAUGCCUCCAAUAAAGUAGCAGCUGAGGAUGUUCCUGCCGAAGACGCCCAAGCAGAGGCUGCUGAUGAAGUGGAUUCAACUCGCGCUGAGAAAGCUGUCAGUGCUGAAGAAAUGGCGGGCAUGAAUGCUAUAAUCUUCCCCGACGACCCUUCCCCUUCUGUUCCCUUGGUGGAGGCGGUGGAGGGGAUGCCGGAGGCUAACGGGAUGCAUGCCAUUAUUUUCCCCGAAGAUGUACCUGUUGGAGAAAUGACGGAACCCGAAGUUUCGACGGAAGACGCCCCUGCCGUCGAGAUGGAAGACCAACCCGAUAUGAACAUCAUUCCGGCAACGGAAAUGUCCAUCGGUGAAGAAUCGGGCGCGCCUGAGAUUGCUGUACCAGACGACUCAGCCACGGAUGAGAGCGCCUCUGAGGAGGGGCUUCUUGCCACUGAAGCGCCAGAGGAGGUUGUCUCUGCCACCGAAGCCCCGGAGGAGGUUGCCUUCGCCACCGAAGCCCCGGAGGAGGUCGCCUCCGCCACCGAAGCCCCGGAGGAGGUCGCCCUCGCCACCGAAGCCCCGGAAGAGGUCGCCCCUACUACCGAAGCCCCGGAGGAGGUCGCCUCGACCAACGAAGCGCCGGAGGAGGAAGACGCUGAGGAGGCUUCCACGGAGGCUCCAACAGCCAACGUUGAUGACUUUGUGACGGAAAGUCCUACCGGAGAAGACGCCUCAGAAGUCCAGGAACCGAGUGACGUUGCUGCUCCGGAAGAGGCCACCAUGACUGAAGCUCCCGUCGAAGCGGAUGAGGUGGAGGAACUUCCUGCCACAGAGUCACCCUUUGAAGAAGAAGCCUCCUUGCCUACUGAAACUACUCUCACGGAAGAGGAUUCCGUGGAGGAGGUCGUAGUCACCGACACCCCUGUGGAAGAAGAUGAAACCACAGAGGUUCCCGAGAGCAUUGCAGCUGAAAGGGAUGCAGAAAGCGCGGCUGUAACCUCUGCUCCUGAAGUCUCUCCAGAACUGUUAAUCAUGGAGGAUCCUGCGAUUAAUGAGGCUCCCGUAAUGGCUGCAGAUGCUCUUCUUAUGGCGGGUGGAAGCGCAGAUAGCGAUAACCCUAUUAAGGAGGACACAGCCCCAUCCAUGCCUGACAGUGCCGUUGCUAUGACUAACGAAGUUGAGACGGACGACGCUGCUCCAAUGACUGACGAAAUCCGCAUGCCUGUUGACACCAUGGUUGACGACGCGCCUGCAAUGCCUCCCAUACAAUCUGUGGACGAAGAGGAACAAGAAGAACCCGAGAUAAUAGGCUACAUUCAUAGCCACCCCCACGCCCACUUCUUCGACGAUGAGCACCACGCAUACCCAGCCCACCCACGCCCGCAGGCUUACCGCCCACACUUCACAGUCUACAAAGGGACACCUGACGGGGAUCAUAAAAUGCAUCAUGGGCACGUCUUCAACUUCUACCACUGA